AUGCAGGAGUUUGUCAAGGAGUCCAAAAGGAUCCUGAACGACAUAGAAACACUGAAUUCGUAUACAAACAGCAUAGAUUACUUGAGUUCUCAGAAGAACAGUUCGGUGCUGAGCAAAGAGGAGGAGAAAGCACUCAACAGCCAGAUUGAUGUUCUUAACGAGCGGUUCAGGACGCUUUCGAGGAGGAUCAAGGAGAAGAUAGAUGAUUUUGCAGAUGAGACUGCGUCGAUGGAAAGAGAGGCGAAGAGCAAUGGAUUUUAUUGCGAGACACGGAAUCUCCAUCUGCAUGCACAGUCGAAGAAGCUUACUGAGGCGAUCAAUAGAUAUAGAGAGGCACAGAUAAAGCACCGAGAAGACGAGGUAGACAAGUUUCGGAUGCAGUACAUCAUUGCAAAGCCGGAUGCAACAGAAAGAGAAAUAGAGGAGUUUAUUGGAGAUGACGAUGGCUCGAAGAUUGAAUCAGCAUUUGCGCUUGGUGCAAACUCGGCACGAGGUAUUCUUGAGGAGGCAGAAAGCAGAAAGAAGAAUAUCAAGAAGAUUGAGGAGAUGGUGCAAGAGAUUGUGGAUCUACUCAAUCUGAUCAGCCAGGAGGUGUCGAAGCGGACAAGUGUUGUUGACUCGAUCAACGACGAGCUGAUUGCAGCACGAGAAAACACAACAGCAGCAAAUGCGGAUCUUGAGUCUGCACUGGUAUAUCAGAUCCGGGCCACUCGGAUAAAAAGGAUGAUUUUCUACGGGCUGCUGAUAGUUAUUGCAGUGUUUAUUGUGUUUAUUGCACUGAGGACCAAUUUUUUUGGCGCGUUCAGCAACAAUAAUUAG